GAAUGUAGCUUCGCGUUUCGAAAUAGAAAACAUCUUUUUCACUUGACUCUGACCAUGGGCUAACUAAAUGUUCACCUAAAUGGUAAAACCUGUUUUUAUAUGCUGUACAUGCAUGCGCAGUAUAUGUUAAAGUUUAGCUCGACAAUUCCAGUCUUGUAGCUUCAAACGGCUGAACGGCAGCUUGUGGCUUAAUCAUGUGCCUGGGCUAAUGACUAAAGAAAGUUACGGCUAGGCCUAGGCCGAGUAGUCGGCCCAAGGCCUGUUGCACCAGCUGACUAGGCACACUGAGUUGUGGCUGUGUCACACCACAUUACGAUGGUCUUCAAGAAGAGUGAGUACCGCAAACAGUACAGGGACCCCAAAUGGGGUGCCCACUUCCCGCACUACCAGGAAAAGGUGGAUUACCGUGUCAACCGCCGCCGGCUGGAACACCACCACCAGAUCUUGGACUGGGACUGGGACAGUGAGAAUGGCAACGGGGAGGACGGAGCAGGGGAAGGGAGGCCUGCGAUGGCCCCCAACCGCAGCAACAACAACCAGGUGAGACGGGGACGGAGGGCUGAGGAUCGGGAGGUUCAGACUCCGGACUGGUCCAAGAUGAGAGAUGACCAGCUCCAAGAUCAGAAUGGAGUGGUCAGUGGAGGGAGGUUGGGCUCCUCCCCUGUGCUAGACAGGAAGCAGAUGAAGAAGACUGAUGGAGGCCAACGUAAAGACUCCAAAUCAGCACAGUCAACACGCAAGCACAAGACUGCCAGUAAACACCCAUCCCGAGACAGACGGCAGGUCAGGCCCAGAACUUCCUCAGAGAAGAAGGCUGACACGGGGAGGAGGGGACCAGAUCGUCCUCCCAUGGUAGCCUACGGCUGGGCAGAUGAGGAGCUGACCACAGGAUGCAAAAAGACACACAACAUCAGGGCCUCUGCAGAUCCACUGCAGAUCUACCCGUCAGCCCUGCGGGCCAUGCGACGCAGGCAGCUCGACAUCCAGCAGCGGGCAGAGAGAGACAGACAGCAUAGCCUGCGGGAGCGGAGGCUGAAGGCCAUGUUCAAUGUGCCGCCCCAGGAUGACUCAGUGUGGCUGACAGAGUACCAGCGGAACUUUACAGGGCCUUCCCAGCCGAGGUAGCAUCUUUUGCAUACAGCUGGACAGACUUGUUGUCAUACUUUCGUGAAUGUAAAGGUAUAUCAUCGCUUUGGAUUUAGUUAUGCAGUAGUCACAUUGGCAGUUUACAUAAUAGUUGGUCAAAAUUCUUACAAACAUUUAAGAAGUUUUAUUAGAAUGCACAAUUUGACGAUACAUCUUUUAUUUUAUGUUGUUUUAAUUGCUGAAAACUUACACUCAUUUUACUGGAAGAGAUUAAAUUAAAAAAAAAAAUGGACAAAUAGAAUGCAAAAUUUCUAACCUCUAACUCAAUGCAUGUUCUGAGACGGUCACCUAGAGAAUACAGUCUCUCCUUUUAUGCUUCUCCCUGUCAAAGAAGGUUUUGGAUUUUCAGAGGCCCACAACCCCUUCAAAAAGAAUGGUUCUUGAAUAAGAGCUACAUGUAUGUCAGCCCAUCUGCGUAAUAGUGAGGAACUGAUAUCUUGAUACCAUUACAUAUAGGAUCUUACUCAGUGAUUUACAAAACUGCCCAAAUGAACUUAGAAUUAAUUUCAGAAAUCUUCGCACAGUCAAGCAGUUGUUUCAGAU